AUGGUAAGUGCAAUGGAUGACCAGUUGGCCGACUGUCGUGAGGUCUUCUGCUAUUUUGAUAGCAGAGGAGAUGAGAAGAUAAGCGUACAACAGGUGGGUGACGUUUUGCGAGCGCUUGGACAGAAUCCAACAGAGGCCGAAAUCGGUCGAUGCUGUGCUGCAUACGAGAAAGAAGCUCGCCUUUCUUUCGAAGAUUUCGUCCCCAUUUUCCAGUCUAUCAGUAAAAAUAGGGAGAAACACACCGUCGAAGAGUUUGUUGAAGGCCUUUCUCAUUUUGAUAAAGAAGGCAACGGACUGAUUAAUGUGGCUGAGUUGCGCCAUCUGCUCACAACCCUAGGUGAACGGCUUACUGAUGAAGAAGUCGAUCAGCUUCUAGCAGGGCAUAACGAUUCUCACGGCAAUGUGAAUAUCGCCGACUUCGUGCGCAAUGUAAUGAAUUCUUAA